AUGAGAGCCCUUCUAGAACCGAUACUCAAAUCCCACCAAACCUCAGCACCCCCUUCCUCCUACGCCGCCGUUUUCCAGGCGCUCACCGGCACAAGCCUUCUCAAACAAGGACAGCAGCUCCACGCGCGAUUUCUUCUCUGCGGCCUCCGCCCCGACGGCUUCCUCUCCGCCAAGAUGGUCGCCAUGUACGCCAGCUCCGGCAACAUCGCGUCCGCCUCCGCCGUCUUCCGCUCCGCCUCGGACCCGUCCCCGCUCCUGUUCAACGCCAUCAUCCGAGGCCUCUCCCUGCACAAACUCUCCCUGGAGACACUGCAGGUCCACGCGCAAAUGCGCUCCCUUAAUUUCCGCGGGGACCAUUUCACCUACCCCUUUGUUCUCAAGUCCGCCGCCGACCUAUGCUUUAUCGAUCUCGGAAAAUCCACGCAUGGGCUGUGCUUAAAGGACGGGCUGGGCUCAGAUAUGUAUGUAGCAACAUCGUUGAUCGACAUGUACGUCAAGUGCGGCCAAUCAGGCUCCGCCCGCAGGCUGUUUGAUGAAAUGCCUGUGAGGGACGUGUCCUCUUGGAACGUGUUGAUUUCGGGCUACAUGAGGGCCGGAGCCAUUGACCUGGCGACAGAGCUCUUUAACAAUAUGCCAUCGAAAAAUAUAGUCUCGUGGACGACCAUGAUUUCGGGCUUCACUCAAAACGGGCUUGCGAGCCAGGCCCUCCAACUGUUCGAUGAAAUGUCGGGGGAAAAUUCAAAUAUUAAACCCAAUUGGGUGACGAUUAUGAGUGUACUUCCCGCGUGCGGGCAAUCUUCCGCGCUCGAUCUAGGCAAGAAAAUUCACAACUUUGCUCGGGAAAACAGGCUCGACUCUCAUCCUUCGGUCCAGACGGCGCUUGUCGGAAUGUACGCGAAAUGCGGAAGCUUAUCCGAUGCCCUGUCGUGCUUUGAGAAAAUAAAACCGAGCUCAAGGAGUUUAGUCACUUGGAACUCAAUGAUUACGGCUUAUGCGUCUCAUGGGCUUGGUCUUGAGGCAGUUCGCACGUUUGAAGACAUGGUGAAAGAGGGAGUCCACCCGGAUGGGGUCACAUUCACAGGGCUACUAUCGGGCUGUAGUCAUGCCGGACUUGUUGAUAUAGGGUUGAAAUAUUUCGACUCUAUGAGUUCGGUGUACUUUGUCGAGAAAAGACACGAGCAUUAUGCUUGCACGGUGGACCUCUUGGGCCGAGCCGGGCGGCUGGUGGAGGCUUACAAUCUUAUUACGCAAAUGCCCCUGCAGCCCGAGGCAAGCGUGUGGGGUUCUUUGCUGGCAUCGGCUAGGUGCCACCGUAAUCUCGAACUAGCAGAAAUGGCAGCUAGAAGACUGUUUGUUUUGGAGCCCGAGAAUAGUGGAAACUAUGUUGUGCUUUCGAAUAUGUACGCCGAGGCCCAGAUGUGGGCCCAGGUCGACAGCCUUAGAGCCCGUUUGAGAUCCGGGAGUGUGAAGAAAAACCCCGGGUGCAGUUGGAUCGAAAUUGAUGGGAAAGCUUAUUUGUUUCUGGGUGGAGAUGUUUCCCAUGUGCAGACAAACGAGAUUUACUUGCUUUUGGAGGAACUUUUGGAGAAAAUGAAGGCAGUCGGUUAUAUGCCGGAGACUGGUUUUGCAUUGCACGAUGUGAGUGAGGAGGAAAAGGAGUAUUCUCUGAUAAUGCACAGCGAGAAACUGGCGAUCGCAUUCGGACUUCUGAAUACGGAACCAGGCAAGGUUUUGAGGAUCACUAAGAACUUAAGGAUCUGUGGGGACUGUCACACGACGGUUAAGUUCAUUUCCAGGAUUUACGACCGGGAGAUUGUGGUGAGGGAUGUGAACCGGUUUCAUCAUUUUAGGGAGGGGUCAUGUUCGUGCGACGAUUAUUGGUAA